AUGAGCCCUGCCUUAGGAUUGGCCAGCCGGCAGGAAACGCGGGCCGCGGUGGUCGGGAACCAUCGUUCGUCUGCGAACGAGGCCUGGAGAGACUCGGGACACUUCGGGCACCAUCGGAAGGGGUUCGGAACCGCUCGAUUCCGCCCGGGGAACGCAUUCGGAAGCGCUCGGGCCAGCUCGGCACCGCUCGGCAGCCCGCCGAAGAGCGCCCAGGUGGCCUCGCAAGACCGACACCCCCUCCCCCCCAACCCCCUUCCCUCGCAGCCUGGUCGUGGCCAAGGGACCCGCCCCAGCGGCAUCCGCGUAGGGGAGCGGCAGGUGUUGGGGUCCGGUAGGGCCACUCGGCUCCCCCGUACCCGCCGGUCGCCUCGGAUGGAGGACGCCGAUUCGGCGGCGAAGCAGCUGGGUUUAGCGGAGGCGGCGGCAGCGGCGGCCGCAGCAGCGGCGGCCGCGGAGGACCCUGAACAACAAAAGCAGCCGCAGCAAGCCGCGGCCGCAGGGGCGGGGCCCGAAGAGGAGGCGGCGGCGGCGGCGCACGUGACGGUGAUGGCGGCAGACGCCGAACACAUCGAGAUGGGAGCUGCGCCCCUGCCGAGCGCCGACGAGGCUGCCACCGCCUUCGCAGAAGUCACCACAGUGACAGUAGCCAACGUUGGUGCCUCCACAGACAAUGUUUUCACUACGUCUGUGGCAAAUGCAGCUUCAAUUUCAGGCCAUGUGCUGUCUGGGAGAACAGCCCUUCAGAUUGGAGACAGCUUGAACACUGAAAAAGCCACUCUCAUAGUGGUUCACACAGAUGGCAGCAUUGUGGAAACCACAGGCUUGAAGGGGCCAUCAGCACCUCUCACUCCAGGACCACAGUCUCCUCCUACCCCUUUAGCAUCUGUCCAAGGGAAGACUGGAACCAAGUACAACUGGGACCCAUCUGUGUACGAGAACGAGCUCCCAGUGAGGUGCCGGAACAUCAGCGGCACUCUCUAUAAGAACAGACUUGGCUCAGGAGGCCGGGGGCGGUGCAUUAAGCAAGGGGACAACUGGUACAGCCCCACUGAAUUUGAGGCUAUGGCAGGCCGAGCCAGCAGCAAGGACUGGAAGAGAAGCAUCCGCUAUGCUGGGAGGCCUCUGCAGUGCCUUAUUCAUGAUGGGAUUUUAAAUCCUCAUGCUGCCUCUUGCACUUGUGCUGCCUGCUGUGAUGACAUGACACUGAGUGGCCCUGUCCGACUCUUUGUGCCCUAUAAGAGGCGGAAAAAAGAAAACGAGGUGCCUGCAACUCCAGUGAAGAAGGAGUGCUCCAAGAACAUCACUCUGCUUCCUGCCACAGCUGCUACUACAUUCACUGUGACUCCUUCUGGACAGAUCACUACCUCUGGUGCUCUGACCUUCGACCGCACAUCCACAGUGGAAGCCACAGCAAUCAUCUCAGAGAGUCCAUCCCAGGGGGAUGUUUUCACUGGAGCCACUGUUCAGGACACCAACGUGCAGCAGCCCUGCCGGGUCAGUCACCCAGAGCCUCACUACCCCAGCUACCAGGACAACUGCCAGAUCUCCCCUUUUCCUGAGGCUGCUCUUCCAACAGCUCAUCCCAAAAUCGUGUUAACCUCACUGCCUACCCUGGCAGUGCCCCCCACCACCCCCACCAAAACCAUCUCCCCUUCGGUGGUGAACGGGCUGGAGGUGACAGAGCAGCGGAGCUGGCUGUACCUGGAGGAGAUGGUCAACUCCUUGCUCACCACAGCCCAGCAGCUGAAGACUAUGAUUGAGCAGGCCAAGCAGGCCAGCUCCUCCUUCCGUGAGGCUGCUGUCACACAAGCCAAAAUCCAAGCUGAUGUGGACAGGAAAGAGCAAUAUCAGAACCAGUUAUUUCAGCCCACAGAAGAUGUGGAUGGGAAAGCAGAAAUCAUCAUCAAGCAGUCCUGUGUCAACUGCGGCCGGGAGGCAACCAACGAGUGCACAGGAUGCCACAAGGUCAACUACUGCUCCACCUUCUGCCAGCGGAAGGACUGGAAGGAUCACCAGCACAUCUGCGGCCAGCCAGGCACGGUGACGGUGCAGGCCGACGAGGUGCACGUCACGGACAGCGUGAUGGAGAAGGUGACAGUCUGAGCACUCCUACCUCUGCCCACUCACCCCCGCGCUGCCGGCUGGCUCGGCAGUGCCACCUGAGCCCUCUCUCCUCCCAACCCUCCCUCUGCUCACCGGCAGCAGCAGUGCUGAAAGGCUUUUUUGGUACUGUGACAGCGCCACCCUCCUCCUAAGCCUCUUCCCAAACUCUGAAUCACACAGACUGUGAAAACCUCACCUGGAAGACAUGGAUCUGCCUGACUGCAGCCCCGCGGCUGGGAACUGCCCUCGACCUGAGGAAGCUGUGCGGUGUCCAGGCUGGAAUCGCCACCAUGUGGAUACGGCCAUGCCCUCUUCUCUCUCGGGUGGAUACAGUGGUCUGCACAUCUCCCUCCAGAUGGACCUCAGUAGGUGCGGCAGUGAGAUCUGGCAGUGCUCCCUCCCCCUCCUCCCUCCCUACCUCUUGUUUGCUAAAAGAAACACACGUUCAUUUGGGUCAUUGAUGGCCUUGACAGGGUCACUGUACAUUCUUGGGGUGCCACGGGAAGGACCUUUUUGGUUUUGUCUCCUGUGUGUCCUCUGUGCUGAGCAGUUUUGGACCACAGAGGAGCUCCUGUGCUUGAAUAAAGAAAGACACAUUGGUAGAUAAACAGGGUGAGAGCACCAGCUUGCCACGGCAGCGCUUUGGUGAUGGGUGCCACAGCAGAACUGUUUGGGUUGGAAAAGCCCUCUAAAAUCAGUCACUCCAGCCAUCCACCCAGCACCACCAUGGCUGUUAAAACCAUGUCCCCAAGUGCCAUAUCCAUGUCUUUCUUGAACACCUCUAGGGAUGGUGACUUUACUACCUCUCUGGCAGCCUACCCUAGGGCUCUGUCACCCUUAAAUCAAAGAAGUUCCUCCUCAUGCUCAGGUGGAACUUCUUAGUUUCAGGUUUGUGCCUGUUACCCCUUGCCCUGUCCCUGUGCAUCACUGAACAAAGCCUGGUCCCAUCCUCCUGACAACCACCCUUGAAGUAUUGAUCAGCAUUGAUGAGAUCCCCCUCAGGCUGCUCUUUUCCAGACUAAAAAGGCUGAGUUGCCAUAAUGUUUCCUCAUCAGAGAUGUUCCAGGCCCCUCAACAUCUUUACUCUCCACCCCCAGAGGAGCCCGGUCAGGACACGUUUGUGGAGCAGGUCUCACCACCUCACGUGCCUUGGCUGUGGCCAGAAUCAGAUCUGGGCCAACUCCAGCCACUGGCAGGGGAGGACCUUACACCUUCUGAGGGUGAGAACUGCUGUUGGAGAGGGACAGCAGCAGCAUGCUGGCUUCUGAUGGAAACUGCUUCUCUGAUGAGAAGGCAGGCAUGAAAUGGCUGAGAUGGGAGCAGAAAUUACCUGGGUGGAAUGGCUGGGAAGGGAAGGACAGGCAGUUCCUUGGCUUCCCUCAGGAGAAACUCUGGCUCCUGCUUCCCAGAGGGACACUUCGGUGUGUAAUGGUUUCUUCUCCCCAUUAAACUGCAAUUUCCUGUUU